AUGAAGCCCUUCGAGAAGAACUUGACGUCUUUUUCCAAUGACAAAAAUAUCGAUCAGUCUUUGAGAUCGACAACGCCGUCCCUGUAUUCUAGCAGUGGGUCGAUGAGUCGGGCCACUGCUCAGCACAGAGAGACGCUGUUUGGACAGCAGUUGAUGGACGACGAGGAAGGUCAGGAUAUGCAUCCUCCAGUUGCAGGCCUUGAUGAAAUGGCAGCGAAUGCGGGUGCAGAAAAUGCUAUGCACACUGGCAAUGGCCUUCAUUCAACUGCACUGGAAAAUUCAAUUCAUGGCCAAGACGCACAUCCAGCUAUUAGCAGUGGCGAUAGUGGCAACGGGCUCAAUGAUCUCAAUCCAGCUGGCAAUAUGGGAAUCUCUGUGCCACCAAUACAAGUAAAUUUGGGAGGCCUGGAAAUGGGACCCGUUUCCACAGAGCUCAGCUCGACACCGCAAACAAGUAGCACCAGUGGCAAGGUCGUAAAGCGGAAAUACUCUCGUAAUGGGUGUACCGAGUGCAAGCGGCGGCGCAUGAAAUGUGACGAGGGUAAGCCCACUUGCUGGCAAUGUGCGCGACUUGGCCGAAAGUGCGUUUACGAGAUUCGCACCAAAAACCGCAAGCGGAAACCAAAAGCCGAGGAUGGCGCGAGACAUGCCUCUGCAGCUAGUUUGCCUGGACCCAAAACCACAGACAUUGCUGAUGCAUUUCUCACUUCGUCAAACACCCCAGAGCUGGCGAAUAACUCGACUCCCGCGUCUUCGGUUGCCACCAAUCUACCAAAUUUGAUCCCCACAAAAAGCGUGAACUCGUUUGAUGCCAACUUGCUCAUAAGAAAUCUAAAUGACAUAGUGAACAUGAAGCUGAAUGACUCUUUCAUCUACGACGAUUUUAAGACAAUGGACCUGACUGAUCUCGAAAUACCUGAACUAAAUAUAAUCCCAGCAGAGCAGCCACGUCCAGCCGUUCCGAUCUCCUUUUUAGUCGACAGUAUCAUGACAUUCAAUAUGACGCUAGACUCGUUCAAGCUAGGAGGCACGAACGAUAAAUACCUAGAGGUUUUCUACUACGACUGUCUGAACUCCAUAGCCCCAUUUUUCGAAGGCCAAGGCAAUCCAUUGAGAGACAUUCUACUUUCAUUUGCCAAGGGAGAACCCUACUUGCUCUCUUCAAUUUUGGCUGUAGGUGCUUCGAUCUCGCACCGUAAAUCAGACAACGUCGAGGAUGAAAAAAGCUACUGCGCCUAUUUAUCUCAUUGCUUGGGGCUCCUCACAGAGCAAUUCAAAGACGAGAGUAAUGUUUACAACAAGAUCGAACCUAUCAUUUUAACGGUCCUCAUGUUAACUUGGGACUGUAUCUACACCAUGAAUAGUCAAUGGAGAUCGCACCUGAAAGGUGUGACUGAAUUGUUCAAAAAGAUUAAUUCUGGAAACUCCUCAAAAGUCUUGAAUGUCACCAAAUGUUGGUUUAAGGUUAUUGAGACAUUUGCUAGUAUCAGUACGGUUUUGGGUGGUGCUCUCAUUGAUGAAAGUGACCUUGAUGUCAUUUUCGACCCAUACGACUUCCAAUAUAUCGAUUCCCUCAAGUUCCUGAACAUUGUGACCCCUCUCAACGAGUUUAAUCUUCUGCGAGGGCACAAGGAAGAUUUCGAUUUAGUGAUUAAAGAGGUAUUCAAGGCUCUAAAUGCUAUAAGGCACUCAGAAAAAAAGUACUUCUCGGAGCAAGAGGGCAUUUUCGACAAAAACCUGGAUUACCUGCUAUGGUCGAAUCCUAACACAGAUGCUUUCAAAGAACAGCUAUCUUACUUCAAAAUUCAAAAGAUUUUGGUGGAAAUCGACCGACAGUCUGAUUACGUUUUUAUAGACAAGACAGGCGUAAUACCGCCGGACAACCAGUCACAUCCUGAGAACAGCAAAAUCAUUGACAAUGCCAUUGACCUUGUGACGCUGCGCAAUGGUGAAAAAAUAGCCAUAAGUUGGUAUGACAUUUCACAUCAGACCCAAGUAUUGUCAUUCCUUCUGAUUGUACUCCUCAAGCUGCUGGGUGUCCCAAAGGAGUCCAUUGCCAUUCAACAAGUGGUACAGAAGAUCACAAGUUUUUUCGGAUUCUUGGAUAGCGACAAUCCCCCACGGAACCUGCGAACUUGUUAUUGCAAUUUUGCCAUUUUGCUUGCAGGUCUGCACGCCAUUGACGAAGAGACAAGAGACGUGAUUCGAAAGUACUACAAGCUGAACGGCGGUCGUUUCCAGAGACUGACGGAGCACAAUCUGAACAGAUUGGAGAAAGUCUGGUACGGUACAGAGAAGGGAUAUAAAUUGGAGGAUCAGGACGUUCUAACUUGGUGA